AUGCGGCGCGCAAGAUUGCCCUGCGGAUCUCCGGGAGGGAGAUCGGGGGCGCUGGCAGCGGCGGGGGACAGGGAAGACCAGGCCCCUGCGGCCAACCAGGCCCCUGCGACCAACCAGGGUCCCGAGCCGAGGACUGCUCGGAGCUCCAAGAGCCGUAUGGGAACCUCUGCGAGGGCAAAAGGCCCGAAAUCAAGCAAAACCAAAGCCCCAGCUAAAACACCCCCGGUCCCCCGACAGGAACCGGCACCACCGGGUCCCGAUCAUGACCGCAUGGAGGGGAUCGAGGGCCCGGAACCGGAGCUGGCGGAACCGGAGUUAGCGGGACAUAGCCGGCCAUCUCCCAAGCCUGCGCCAGAAGAGGCUCGGGGUUCUGAGCCUAUCAUGGACCCGGAGUCGCCCGUGACCUGGGCCACGGAGGAGGUGAUGGCGCAGCGGGAGGUAAGGAAACCCACGAUCCUGACUACCACGCCCGCCUCCAAGCCCCGCGGACGCCCGCUGAAAUCGAGAAGCACAACCACCACCUCCGAAGGAGGCCUACCGGAGCCGACGCGGCAACUGACCCGCGUGGAGUCUGCUGCCAGCGCCAGCCGGUCCCAGUCAGCCCGAUCGACCCGCUCGGGGCCCCUGGCCACGCAGAUGUCGGACCCCGAGCGGGUCAUGCGCGGGGUCUCCCAGAAGCGGACGCGGAACUCCCCGGGAACCGCGGGAGAACCCCCGAAAAGAAUCCUGUACAGGGAAACCCAGCUAGACAGGGAGCCUCUGAGCAAACAACACCGGGAGCUCCUGGAGCAAUUUAUCAGUGAUUCAGCCUGGAAACCAGAGGCCCCUGAAUCACCUGAAUCACCAGAUCCCCUGUCCCAGGAGGCAGACAUGAACACCUGGGAAGUCAUCAGUGAAUUAUUAAUCUCCUGCCAGGGCCGUGGGGCCCCGCAGGAAGAGACGCGCCAAUAA